AGCUGUUUGCCAACCGCCAUAAAAAGCUAAAGAAGAAGAAAAGGAAGAGGAACCCUCUUGGCUAAUGGCGGGUGCUUUGAAAGAAAAACAACUUGUUCGACAUGUUUAUGCUGAAUUACAGGCUGUGUCCUGUCCCUUGGUGGAAGGCCUGUACCUGCAGGAAGCCGACGGCAUGCUGCAGCUGCUGUGUGUUCCCUCUCAGCACCGCACCGACAUACUGGCUUGGAUCUGCAGCAGCGUCAACCCAAACUUUGCCAACUCCAAGACGAUGGCGGUGAGAUCCAGUGGCCCAGAUGUUUUGACUAAAGAAAUAGCUGGGCUUGGGCAGGAGCUGAUGCUGUGCAGAGCAGAUGACCUGGACCUGAUCAGGGGUGAAGCGAGUCCCCACCGGCAGCUUCUGUUCCUGGAGCAGCUUUUGACUUUAGUACCUGGCUGCAAGAAGUCUGCUGGAAACCGCCUGGAUCAAGAGAUGCUGCUGAAUGAGCUCUUCACUGAUGAGAAUCUGCCUCUCCUCACACAGAUGCUCAAACCCACACUGGACCCCUGGCCUGCACAUAUCAAGGCUUUACGCAUGGGCAGCAAGUCAUCCCUGAAGCCAAGUAGAGAGGAGGCUGCUGACGUGGCCGCCCUCCUCCAGCUGACCCAGUCAACACUGCAGCAGCUACAGUCACAGUGUGAAUUCCUGAGCAGCGAGCCGCAGAGCCCUGGCGUCUUCUCUCCCAGCUCGCUGCGCGUGGCGGCGUGCGACCUCCAGCUGCUGAUGGCCACUUUCAGCCACGUCUUCGAAACCGACUUGAGAGCGAACUGCAGCCGAGAUGCCCCCAGCUUCAGCGCAGAGGCCGAAGUCUUCCAGAGAACACACCGGCUACUGCUGGCCUCCAUCACGGAGCUGGAAAUGCUAAAGGAAGUAUCAGACGCUUCUGUAUCCAUGACUGAGGAAGUGAACCAGCUCCAAACGCAGCCGUACUACUGGAGCCGAGGGGAGAAGCGCAAGUUCUCCGACCAAUUGGAGGAACUCACCAGGCGAGUCCAAGACUUGUUUCCCCUGCUGCUCUCCCUGGACCUCGGUCCAAAGAACCCUCCAAACAUCAGCUGAAUGUCAGCUGAAGUGAGCAGAGCCCUGACCACAGUGUGGCACUAAUGAGAGUCCCAUCUGUUGUGUUUACUAUAAACGUCAAACCAAUUGGGACCCAAAAGAGUAUUUAUUGACAGUUCAGCCCAUGUUUCCUCUCACCUGUUGAGCUUAACUGGAUCUCGGUUUCGGGGAAGAGACUUUUGAGGUUUGUAAUUGUAUUUGUGGUGCGUUGGGACAUGUAGUCCCAUGUUAGGGACAUUAGGAUGGCUAAGCUCUCAAAAACGAUCUAGAUGAAUGAACAGCACUACAGUAAGAAGUAGUUAGUGACGGCCUCUGGUAGCUUCAGUGUGCCAACACAUCAUAAUGCUGGCAGCAUCUAUGUAACUAACAUGAGCAGAAGAGUUUCAGUGGGUCUGUUGAUGCUAAAUAAUUUAACAUUCCUACUCAACCUAACUUGUAUUGUUUUGUUUUUUGCUGUACUCAAUGUAAAUGUUCACAUUGUAUUAAUGAAUAAAUGUAAACAUUUUAAACUUCAA